UUAGGCACAUUUUUAGGGACGUAUCCUGAUCUUUUCACAUGUGUCGGCAGCAUCAAUGACUGAAUUCAGAUCUUUUGUUGAUCAGAUCCAAACCCAGUGUCUUCGUACAAGUCAAAAGGAAACACUACAAGAUAGCUAAAGGUAUCAGUAGCUAAGCUUAGCUGCGACUUAGGAUAUUAAACACCACAACCACCAUCACCAACGAUAGCAACAUGGGUUCAGAGACCUUCCUAGAAGUGAUAUUGGCGAUUAUCCUUCCACCCGUUGGGGUCUUCCUGCGUUAUGGCUGUGGAGUGGAGUUUUGGAUAUGUUUGCUGUUGACCAUAUUGGGAUAUAUUCCAGGGAUUAUAUAUGCCCUUUAUGUAUUAGUUGGAUAGUGUAUAAAUCUCUCUUGGUGAGGUUUGCUGUUUUUACGUUUCAAGGACAAUCCUGUUUGCUCCUCACGUUUUAUUGCUUUGUUUUAUUGAGAUCAACUGUUUUCACUUCUUGUCAGAUGAUCGUUGUUUGUUUCAGUAUGGUUUAGAUCAUGGUAGACCUCUUUGUUCUUAAGUUUUUGACAGUUUGAACAUUAAUACAUGUCGCGUCAGCUUUCUUGAUCUUA